UGCAAGAACUUCAUGCUUCUUCCUGAAGAAAUCGAACUUUCUUCACAGAAACUUCAUAUUUCCUCCUCAAGAAGUCCAUCUUUCACCGCAAGAACUUCAGGUAUUCUCCUCAAGAAAUCGAUCUCUCGACCCAAGAACUUCAUGUUUCCUCAUCAACCACUCGACUGUUCUUCGCAACAUUUUCGUGUUUUUUCCUGAACAACUCGAGCUCUCUUCGCAAAAACUUCAUGUUUCCUCCUCAAGAAAUCCAUCGCUCUUCGCAAGAACUUCAUGUUUUGCCCUGAAGAAAUACAUCUUUCUUCACAAGAACUUCAUCUUGUGAACCUCUACAAAAUCGAUCGCUCCUUGCAAGAACUUCGGGUUACAUCCUGAAGAAAUCGAUCGUUCUUCGCAGUCAGCUAGAAUUAGCAAUUUAAAUCCAGAAGCGUAUCAUGUCUAUUGUAAUGCAGAUUCAUUAGAUCUUGCAUUACAAGAUUUAACUCGUGAGUCACCACCAGUGGCAUCUGCCUUAGAUAUGACGAAUGAAAUUGGAAACUAUUCAUUAGAUCUUGCAUUACAAGAUUUAACUCGUGAGUCACCACCUGUGGCAUCUGCCUUAGAUAUGACGAAUGAAAUUGUAAACUGUAUGAAAAAGUCCCCGAAACGAUUGCAUUUAUUGGACAAAUUAACGGGGUUAAAUAAUUAUUCAAACUUAAAGCCAUUAAGGUCAUUAGCUGAAAUUAGUACUGAAGGUGGUCCACCGUCUGCUAAGGCGAAUGGAUAUUUAGAGCAAAUGCAGAAAUUUUCUACGUAUUUUGGAUUUAAAUUAGUUGGGUUGGGUGACUUAAUUAUUAUGUUAACGCUGCAUCCAACUGAUGAUAGAACACCCCUUUGGCAAAGGUCGUCUGGCGUAACGUCAAUGGUUAUAUUUGAUGAAUUCAAUGCUGUUGUAGCAGCACAACCGCGUAUACAUGUUGGUGGUCGCUCAUUUGCAGCAUGA